AUGAAGUUCUUUUCCAUCAUCACCGCUGCACUUCUUCCUCUCGUAGCAAUAAGCUCGCCACUGAACGCAGUUCGCGACUUUGAAGCUGAGGCUGCUGCCAAAGCCCUUGCCGUAAAAACUUCAAACAACGCCCACAAGGUCCGCGACCUCGAUGCCGAGGCUGCGGGUUUGAUCAAGAGAGGAACCAAGUAUUGUGACAUUGUCCAUGUGUCCACAGAGGUCGACUGUUGGUGGCUUCCAAAACACAACGGCAAUGGGAAUCACAAAGUUAGAAGCUUUGCGGGCACCGCAAACAACAUCAAGUUCACCUGCUACACCAAUUGCGAAGACGUCCAUGGUAAUACCUCAUGGGACUGGGCUGACGAUUACAAUUGUUAUGUGCCUGGCUAUUAUACAGAUAAUACGUGCAGUAGAGGUAUUUGA